UCGGCUCCUAGACGCCCAUGGCCGGAUGCCCUGCGUCCGCACCGUCCUCGGCCUCCUGGGGGCUCUGGCGGCCUGUGGCGCCGUCGCCUUCCUCGGCUACUGCGUUUACUUCGACCGGAAGCGGCGUGGCGACCCCGUGUUCAGGCGCCGCCUGCGGGACAAAAGAAGAGCCCAGCAGCAGAAGGCUGAGGGACGGGGCGCCCAGUUGUGGGAUCCAGCAAAGAAUAAAAAAUUGCAAGAACUUUUUCUGCAAGAGGUACAAAUGGGACAACUUUGGUUAUCCAGAGGAGAGCAUCAGUUGGGGGUUGAACACCUCAGCAAUGCCCUUUUAGUAUGUGGACAACCACAAGAACUUCUGAAGGUUUUCAAACACACACUCCCUCCUCAGGUAUUUGAGAUGCUGUUACACGAAAUUCCCCUUAUUUGCCAGCAAUUUGAGGCAGACAUGAAUGAACAGAAAUACUUGGAGGAUGAUCGUGAUUGAAAAACAUUUCAACGUAUCCACAGUCCAGUCAGAAUACUAUGGUACUAUAUAUAUAGUAUAAACAACUGCUCAGUAAUAUUUCCAUUUAUUUUACUUUUAGUAAUAAAAAAUUCUAUCUCAU